AUGGAUUCUACUGGCAAGCACUGGGGCAGCAACAGCAGUGACGGUGGCGGUGGUGGCGGCAGAGGGAACAGAAGUCAUGGAGUGGCGAUUGACAGAGGGAUAGAGGAGGAGGGGUCGAUGCUGGGGUUGGCUGUAGAUUGGAGCGAGGAGGAAUGGGGGAGGAUGGAGAGGAGCGGAAGGGUAGGUAUGGAGACCCAAGGGAAAGAGAGAGGGGAGGAUAGAGGGGAGUUUUGGGUGAGGCGGCGCGUGGGGGGAGUGAGGAGAGCCGGGGAGAGGGUGGGUAAGGAGCAUGCGGUGAGAGGGAGGAGGAGAGCGGGCGGUAGAGGGAAGGACGGAGGGGUGAGCAGUAAGGGGUUGCAGGAAAGGAGGAGGAAGCGAGGGGGAGGGAGAGGAGGGGGUGGGGAGGGGAAAGAGGGGGGGCGAGUGAGGGAGUGUGAGGGGGUGAUGGUGGGUGAGUGGCCGGGAGUGGAUGGCCUGGCAGCAGUGGGGGCACUCAUGGCUGUGAGGGGGAGGCGAGUGAGGGAGGCGAAGAGAGGGGAGGGGGGUGUGGCGAAGGAGAAUGAGAGGGGUGGUGAUGGGGCUGCUGCAUCUUCAAGUGCAUGCAUGCCCCUUCCUCCUUCCUCCUGCCUUCUCCUUCCUUCCCACUCCCCCUUCCUCCCCCCUUCAAUCGUCCCCCCUUCCUCCCCCCUUCAAUCGCCCCCCCUUCCUCCCCCCUUCAAUCGUCCCCCCUUCCUCCCCCCUUCAAUCGUCCCCCCUUCCUCCCCCUUCAAUCGUCCCCCCUUCCUCCCCCCUUCAAUCGUCCCCCCUUCCUCCCCCCUUCAAUCGUCCCCCCUUCCUCCCCCCUUCAAUCGUCCCCCCUUCCUCCCCCCUUCAAUCGUCCCCCCUUCCUCCCCCCUUCAAUCGUCCCCCUUCCUCCCCCCUUCAAUCGUCCCCCCUUCCUCCCCCCUUCAAUCGUCCCCCCUUCCUCCCCCCUUCAAUCGUCCCCCCUUCCUCCCCCCUUCAAUCGUCCCCCCUUCCUCCCCCCUUCAAUCGUCCCCCCUUCCUCCCCCCUUCAAUCGUCCCCCUUCCUCCCCCCUUCAAUCGUCCCCCCUUCCUCCCCCCUUCAAUCGUCCCCCCUUCCUCCUUCUUCCUUCCUCCUUCUCCCUUCCUCCCUCUCCUUUCCCCUUCCGCUCUCUCUUCUCUAUCCCCUCUCUCCCCCUCAUCACGUGCUUUGCACCACUUAGCAUCACCUUUUCCACUCCCCUUCCGCGGCCCACACAUCCCCCACCAUCAACUCUCACAACAGCACACAUCUCCCCCUCGUCUACCUCCUGUGCAGAGGUGGGUCCUCGUCUCUCCCACCCGCCCUCCGCACCUCACCUCACCGGGGAGCAGCCAUGGACACACACCCGCGUGCUGCUCCUUCCCUCUCCCCAUCCUAACUACCACACCCCCUUCCCUCCCUUCCCUCAUCUCCACAGUUCCUGUGCAGUGGAGGGGCCUCAUCUCUCCCACACGCCCUCCGCGCCUCAGCUGGGGGCAGGCAUCGACUCGCACUCCCUCGUUCUGCGCAUGGGGCACCACACCCCGCCCACCCGCCUACAGGCAUACAUGUGA